AUGUCCAAGUCAUUCACCCCGGCAGAGGUCGCUAAGCACAAGACCGAUGAUUCUGGCAUCUACAUUAUUGUCGACAACGGCGUCUACGAUAUUACUGGCUUCGUCGAUGAGCACCCCGGCGGCGCCAAGAUCCUGAAGCGCAUGGCUGGCCGCGACGCCACCAAGUCGUUCUGGAAGUACCACAGCCAAAAGGUCCUUGACAAGUACUCGGACCGCCUCAAGGUCGGCACUGUAGGCGAGGCGUCGAAGCUGUAA